CGCGGGGUCGCUUCCGGGGUCCCGGGCGCGGGUGUCCCCCCAGCGGGCGAGUCGAGGGCUGGCUGGGGCCUGUGCUCGGCGGGCAGAGCCCAGCUCCGGGGCCGCGGCGAGGCGCCGUGAACGGGCCCAGGGACCAGGGACGAGGCCGGGAUGGCGAAGGCGACGCCGCUGACCCCCAGGCGCGCCGCGGUCGACCCCGCGCCUGGGCCGGGGCUCGUCAAGAAGCCGACUCGGAAGAAGAAGAGGAAGAAGAAAAGAUUCUGGAAGAACAAAGCGCGAGAAGUAGGCGAGAAGCCGGGAAACGACGCCGGAGGCGUCGCGGUGCGGCCUCCAAAGGCACCGGAAGACUUUUCCCAAAACUGGAAGGCGCUGCAGGAGCUGCUGAAGCAAAAAUCACAGACCCGGAAAGAGCCUCUUGCUCUCUGUCAGAUGGAUUCCAAAAAGCAGCCCCGAAGUGUCCAGCAGAACAGGAAAUCAAUCCCAGAUAAAGCAAAGAGGGCUGAGAUGGGGGCAGAAGACACAGACCAGGAGGCCACAGGGGGCUCUGUUCCCCCAGGAUCACCACCGAACAGGAAGAUGCCUGCACUUCACACACAGCGCAGCGGGCAGGCACGGCACAGUGAGAAAGGAGCCAAGAAGAGGACCAAUGGGAACAUUUCUCCGAAGCGAGGAGACAUCAAGCAUAAGAAGCGGAAAGCUAAGGAGGCGACCGCCACCUCGGCCCCAGCCCCACCCACCGAGGAAGACAUCUGGUUUGACGAUGUGGAUCCGGAGGAUAUUGAAGCGGCCAUCGGCCCCGAGGCAGCCGACAUAGCGAGGAAACAGCUGGGUCAGAGCGAGAGCAGCACCACGCUGGUGAAGGAGCGGGCCUUCAGGGGCCUGACCAAAGCCUUAGCCCUGGACUGUGAGAUGGUGGGUGUGGGCCCCCAGGGGGACGAGAGCAUCGCCGCCCGCGUGUCCCUGGUGAACCAGUACGGGAAGUGUGUUUAUGACAAGUUCGUGAAGCCGACCCAGCUGGUGACUGACUACAGGACGGCGGUCAGCGGGAUCCGGCCCGAGGACCUCGCGCAGGGAGAAGAAUUUGAAGUUGUCCAGAAGGAAGUGGCAGACUUGCUGAAGGGCCGGAUUCUGGUCGGACACGCGCUGCACAAUGAUCUGAAGGCGCUGUUCCUGGGUCACCCAAAGAAGAAGAUCCGGGACACUCAGAAGUACAAGCCUUUCAGGAGCCGAGUGAAGAGUGGACGGCCGUCUCUGAAGCUGCUUGCAGAGAAGAUCCUGGGGAUCCGGGUGCAGCAGGCUGAGCACUGUUCGGUUCAGGACGCACAGGCAGCGAUGAGGCUGUAUGUCUCGGUGAGGAAGGAGUGGGAGAGCGUAGCCCGGGACAGCCGGUCCCCGGCCUCCAGCCCAGCCCUGGACAGCCUGCAGCAGCUGUGACCGAGUCCCCCCAAGAGGUUUCAGAAUCAUGGCGGAGGGGCACACACGCGCAUGUGCUGCUGAGCAGGACUUCUCUGGUUUUGUGACCUAAGACUCGUCACCAUACACAGGGCGGGAGUAGGGGCUGUGCCACGCCGACCAUCCCCUGGGACGCACCAGGUCCCGGGGCUGAAAGCACCCAGUUGUCCGCCGGGUCUUCCGUGUGGUCCCCCGAGACCCCCUUGGGCGAUGGGAAGAACUCUGCGGACUCUGGCCUGGACCCAGGGGCUGUGGGCAGCCAGCUGCAGCCUCAUGGAGGAAUUUCUGUGGUCACCCGUGGACUGAGGGAGACUCUGUGAAGGUGAGGUGGUCCUUUCUCACCCACUCCCUACACCCUAGCCAGGCUUGAACUCCGGGUCCGAGCCCACAGCUGGUGAGGUGAGCUCAGGGUGUCCCGCGCGGGGACAGCAGUGACACCCGGAGGCAGGCACCUCCCUCGUCUGAGACAGAGCUGUUGACCAUGGACGGCCUGCGGCUGUUCCCCAGCCCUGGGGUGAGAGUCUCCGAGAACCAAGGUCAGGGCACUGCGUGGAGGGCGUGACACCCCAGGCCACACUGAGCCACCUGCCGGCUGUACAGAAACUCCAGACCCCUAAGGACAUUGUGUGACAUAAACGCAGGUUUUAUUGGAGCUGGA